AUAACAACAGUUAUGCCCCCAGGGGCAGCAAACGCGGGCACUAUAAAUAGCAUGCUCUUUCCCCCACCAGUAGGCAUUACUAUAACCACAGGGCUCUCCCCCACUGGAUGGCGCGCAUGGCUGGGUCCUAGACGCCCUAGAACUGCAUGGCAGGCUGCCCCAUCAUGCACUGCACAGUGGCCUCCAGAUCCAUUAUUGCCAACUAGUGCCAGCGUUCCAUGCGGCUGA